GUUAAUAAAUGUCCUUUUUCUGUUUUUCUUCAGUACAUCUUUGGGGAGUUCAGCCCUGAUGAAUUCAAUCAGUUCUUUGUCACAUCACGCAGCUCUGUUGAGCUUCCCCCAUUUAAUGAUAAAGUCUUGCAUGUCAGUCAGUCAGUAGGAGAUGGAAACGAUUCAGACACUGAAGAAAAUGAGUCGGAACCACCUGGAUUGCAGGGCAAUAUUUACAAAGUUUCCAGUACGCUAAAUCCACAAGCACCGGAAUUUAUAUUGGGUUAUCAACCUGUACAGAAAUCCCUCAGUAACUUGUCAGAAGAAGCUGCCUAUAGCUCCAUUGACUGCCAGUUUGGAGAGGGUAAUAUUUCUCUGGACAGUGGCAAUUGCCAGGGAAAUGAUGAUCUUGUCUACCGAGGGCAAGGCCCAAGGGAAAGGAGAAACAAGAAGAAAAGACCACCUGGUUAUUAUCGCUAUCAGGAAGGUGCAAGUGAUGCCGGUGGUCCCUCUGAAACUUUGGGCCUUGUUAAUGGACAUGUGUUAAACUCAGGGCUCAAUGCAAUAAGCCCAGAAGAGGUUGAAUUACUUGGCCCAAAAGAGGUUCCUGAAUCUCAUGGAGCUAUUUCUUCAAAAGCGAAUCAGAGGACUUGUGACAGCCCUGAAAAUGAUGCGGACUUCAUUAGUGGAGCCUUCUGUAAUGAUACAGUCUCUAGUACAUUAGAUGAGGCCAGGACUGCUGAGCAGCCUGGAUUUAAGCUGGAGGCAAACAAUGAGGCUACUAAUGAGGUUAAUUCCACUGAACAGCCUGAUCUUUCUGAGACUGGUAGGAAUAGCCCAGUAAGGACAGCUAUUGCACAAUCCUAUGUAGGCACAGACAUUAAUGUGGAUGUUAAAAAUGACAGUGGACAAACACUGGAAUCUCCUGGUGAUAGUGCUGUAGCACAUCCUAGUACUGAUGGGGAAGGAUUGCAAACUGAUAGCAUAGAAUGCGAGCAGGAGAAACCAGAGGAUGUAUUUGCAGUUGAGCCAGAGCAGACAGUUUUAGCUCCUUCUACUGCUUCUGCUCCCUUGCCAGCCAAAUCCUGGGCUAGUCUCUUCCACAAUUCAAAGCCGUCUUCGGCAGGACCUGUGGCCUAUGUUGAGGCAAAGUUCACACCAGCCAGUGCUUCUGUUCAAUUACCUGAAAAGCAACCGGAAAUAAGAAUGGACGUGCCUGUUCCAAUGUCUGAGGAUUCUGCAGCCCAACAGAUAGCUGAACUGCUGGAAAGUGUGAAAUUGGUUCAUAAACCAGUAUCUUUGCAACCUCGAGGUCUGAUCAACAAAAGCAAUUGGUGCUACAUCAAUGCUACACUGCAAGCUUUGGUUGCUUGCCCACCCAUGUAUCACCUGAUGAAGUCUAUUCCCAUGUAUAGUGAGACGCAGAGACCUCGCAGUUCGACACCAAUGCUUGAUAGUUUUGUUCGUCUGAUGAAUGAGUUCAGUACAAUGCCAGUACCUUCCAAGCCAAAACUAGGUACUGGUGAUAAAACUGUUAAAGAUAUUCGCACUGGAAUUCCUUUCGAACCAACCUACAUUUAUAGAGUGCUGACGGUUAUCAAGUCAAGUUUAUCUGAAAAAGGUCGUCAAGAGGAUGCAGAGGAAUAUCUGGGUUUCAUUUUAAAUGGUCUUCAUGAAGAAAUGUUGGCACUGAAAAAGCUGAUUACUCCUCAGGAUGAAAGAAAUGUUGUUUCAAACGGUCCUGAAUUGCAACAAGGACUUGAAGAAGACUUGGAGGAGCAAAGUGAAGGCAGCGAGGAUGAAUGGGAACAAGUAGGACCCCGAAAUAAAACCUCUGUUACUCGGCAAUCUGACUUCAUUCGAACCCCUAUCACUGAUGUCUUUGGUGGGCACAUCAGAUCUGUGGUUUACCAGCAAAGUUCCAAGGAAUCUGCUACCCUUCAGCUGUUCUUCUCACUGCAGCUUGAUAUACAGUCUGAAAAGAUUCGCACAGUGCAGGAUGCUCUGGAAAGCUUGGUGGCCAGGGAGUCUGUCCAGGGAUACACCACUAAAACCAAGCAGGAGGUUGAGAUUUGUCGUCGUGUUACCUUAGAAGAAUUGCCACCUGUUCUUGUCUUGCAUCUUAAACGUUUCAUUUAUGAAAAGACUGGAGGAUGCCAGAAAUUGGUCAAGAAUAUUGAUUACCCCAUUGACCUUGAAAUAAGCAAGG